UCGCUGUUCUGUUCUCUCCGUCGUAGGCUUCCCAGAACUAGUCUUGCCCUUUUCUAUCCCUUUCCCGUUGUCUCUCGAUUCGCUGUUUCUCUGGCGGAUCAGCCAUGUCUGCAGAAUCAGCUAGUGCGAUUCACAAGAACCAAGUUGAUCUGUUAGACUUCAUAGACUGGUCUGGGGUAGAAUGCCUCAAUCAGAGCUCUAGUCACCCUCUUCCCAAUUCUCUCAAACAGGGUUACAGAGAAGAUGAGAGCUUGCAUUUGGAGAGUGAUGCGGACGAGCAGCUUUUGCUAUAUAUUCCUUUUACGCAAGUUGUAAAACUCUAUUCCGUUGUUAUCAAAGGACCUGAAGAGGAAGGUCCAAAGACUGUGAAGUUGUUUUCCAACAAGGAACACAUGGGAUUUAGUAAUGUCAAUGACUUCCCUCCUAGUGAUGUAGCAGUUUUAUCUCCAGACAACCUUCUGGGAAAACCUGUAAUUCUAAAGUAUGUCAAAUUCCAAAAUGUUCGUAGCUUGACAAUUUUUAUUGAGGACAAUCAACAGGGUUCCGAGAUCACUAAGAUUCAAAAGAUUGUACUGUAUGGCACAACGGUAGAGACAACGGACAUGAAGGGGUUGAAGAAGAUUGAGGAUCACUGAUCAUGAACCGGAGACAUUUGAAAAUUGAUGGAUGAAUCGACUUAUGUCCAUUACUUGCAUUUCUGCCGCGAGAAUUUUUUAUUGGAAGUGUUUUAUGCUGCCCCCUGCAUUAUAUUUAAUGACUUUUAAGUUGUAUCUGAUUUCACAUCAGGCUGACGCACAUUAACCUGGUUAACGUUGGCGGUAGGAGGGAAUAUUGAGCUGUUCAAAGAUACAAUUAUUUUUCUUUUUCCUUUUUUUUUUUUUAAAUUAAUGUGGGAAGUGCCUGGAAACAUAAUUCAGUUAGGCGUUUUCUUGGAUAGCUUAACUUGAAAGGACCUCAGCUGCAAAGGUUAGACUGGAUUUUGAUCUAGGCUUACGAUUUACGAUAU